CUACUGGAAUACAGAUGCGAAUCUCGGGUUUUUCAUCUUCCCAUUAACCGAAAUUCUUUCUCCUAACAGCUUGAAUUGCAAAACUGGUGUUGACAAUUUCCCAAUUGUAGAAGGUUUUGGUUCGUGGGAAUUCUAGAUUUGGAGUUCCCACACUAUCAGUGUUUGCAAUUUUGAGAAGUUCUAUUUUGAUUUCGGUGAGUUUUAAUGUUGGUAUGGCUUCAAAAGUUGAGAAUAGUAAAGCAUGGAAAUGGGGGUUGGGUCUGGUGUAUAUAGUUGCUGUGGCCACAAUUUGGAUAGCUGCUAGCUUUGUAGUACAGUCUGUUGUUGAUGGUGGUGUGUCACCAUUCCUUGUUACUUACAUCUGCAACUCAUUGUUUGUGGUUUUGAUACCAAUUGUUGAAAUUGGGCGAUAUUUGGAGGAUUCUUGUGGCGGUGGUUGCUUUUGGACCGCGAAGAAAACGAGCCAACAUUCAGAAAGUGUGAGGGAGUCAGAGCAGGCUAUACUCCUUGAAGAGAAUGAUGUAGGGAACAAGGGCAAUGAAUCAUUGGUUGUGGAUGAUGAGGUUGGCAUCAGCGAACAAAGGAACUCUGGUUCCAUAUUUCUGCCACCGGAAAACAGGGUUGAGGUGUUGCCUGGUCAAGUUAAUGUGAUUGAGAAUGUUGAUAAUCAGCUGGAUGAGAAAGGGCGUUGGACACGGUGGAGGGUGGCCAAAGUUAGUCUAUUGAUAUGUCCAUUUUGGUUUCUUGCUCAGCUCACUUUUAACCUGUCGUUGAAGUAUACUACGGUCACAUCAAAUACAAUUUUGAGUAGUGCAUCCAGUCUUUUUACCUUCUUGGUCUCGCUUGCAUUCUUGGGUGAGAGGUUUACUUGGUUAAAGCUCUUUAGUGUUCUUCUUUGCAUGGGAGGAACAAUAAUUGUGAGUCUUGGUGAUUCAAAAAGCACUUUAAAAACAAUCGCAUCGAAUCCACUUCUUGGAGACAUCUUUGCAAUUGUUUCAGCAGGACUAUAUGCGGUUUAUAUAACCCUAAUUCGCAAGAAAUUACCUGAGGAUGAUGGAAAGAGUGGUGAAGCAAGCAUGGCUCAGUUUCUUGGAUUUCUUGGACUUUUUAAUAUUCUUAUUUUUCUUCCAAUUGCCCUCAUACUCAAUUUCACCAAGGUGGAACCUUUUCAUACACUUACCUUGAAGCAGCUUGGUCUGAUCAUUGGCAAAGGACUGUUUGAUAAUGUGCUGAGUGAUUACUUGUGGGCCAAGGCUGUUCUUCUCACAUCAACCACAGUAGCAACUGCUGGCCUUACGAUUCAGGUUCCAUUGGCUGCCAUCGUGGAUACCUUGACUGGCCAUGCUCCUCGCCUUAUGAAUUAUCUGGGAGCGAUAGCUGUCAUGGUUGGCUUCGCCGGAAUUAAUAUUCCUCUUGAGACUUUAUGUAACAAAAGAGAAGCUAACAUUGAAUUGGAAAAUAAUGUCAGUUUAGGAAAUGAAGAGUUUACAAUCCCGAGAGGCGAAGAUUCGGCUGCCAUACCUUAGCAUGUAAUUGGAUUCAUUUUCCAGUUAGUUAACGAAUUGAUCUUGUAACUCCACCAAGUUAGUUGCAAUGGCUGCUAUUACCAGGCACAGAAGUAGAACGAGAACAAGAGAAUAUAGUUUAAAGGUAGCAUAAGUGAGUUUGCACAUGCACUUGGAGUUGGAGAGAAAUGGAGACUGCCUUGUCAUAAAUUGCUCCUCGAUCGAAAUAGCAUGGUGAUUGGUUCCUCACCUUUCUACAAGCAUAUACGGUUUGAAUUUCUGUAUUUUUGUACAUAUACAUAGACAGGUCUAUUUUUGCUAUUCUUUGGAGGGUGCUUAUGGAAAUAGGAACGACAAUGGCACCAAGAGUUAAGAGUCAGAGAUGUUCUUUGAAUGUUCAUUAUACCCUUUAAAUGUUUUGCAGAUUUGAAUCUAGUUGCUUUGCCAAUGUCAUGUGGAAUCUAACCCAAAUCACCUUUGUCUAUGUUCUUCCAGUCAAUAGACAAUAAUAAAAUAAAAAUGAGGUAGAUUGAAUUA